UUUUGGGUUCGUUGUGAUGAUAGCGGUCCGCGCGGUUUGAGAUAGUGGUCUUUAGCCUCAGCCAUCGAAGGGCGGAAAGUCUGGGGUUGGUAUGAUGUGAGACGAGAAUAAUGACACCACUCGAGCGCCGGACAUAAGACUGCGAUACAUAUAAUUAGAACUUCAAUGACAGUCUUCUGAUCAACACGCUCAAUCACAUCUUACAAAGUACUUCAUUGCAUCUUGUGGCAUCCCUCUGUAUCACUCAGCCAAGCGGCUCAACUACAGGCUCAACCUAUUCACACAAGUUCUUCAUAACACAGCAUGCCCGGACGAACAGAAACAUCUCUCUCAAUAGGCAUCAUCGGCUCCGGCCUUGGUGGUCUCUCCGCCGCUAUUGCCCUCCGACGAGCUGGCCACCAAGUCACACUCUACGAACGCUACGACUUUGGUGGUGAAGUCGGUGCAUCCCUAUCAGUCGCCUCCAACGGCUCUCGCUUCCUAGAAGAAUGGGACGUUGACAUUCCUGCUGCCAAGCCAGUCAUCUUGCGCAACCUCAUCCGCCAUGACUAUUCUACUGGAGAAGUCCAAGGCACAUAUCCUUUGGGAGACUAUCGCGAACGUUUUGGCACGGACUACAACAACUUUCAUCGAAUCGACUUGCAUAAUCACCUCAAGGACACUGCUUUGUCACAGAGUGGCAAAGGUCGACCUGCUGAGCUAAUGACGUGGCACAAGGCUUCCAAGCUUGACACUGAAACUGGUCAUAUCACCUUUGAGCAUGGCUCUGAGGCUACACAUGAUGCCAUCAUCUGCGCCGACGGUAUUCGAAGCGUCAUGCGUGAACAGCUUGGUGUCAUUCCAAACUUCGUACCCAGCACCUCUUGCUGUUAUCGCUGCAUCAUCUACGCUGAUAAGCUACGUGAACUCGGCUUGGAGGAGUACAUCAACAACGAGGCCAUCGAGUUCUGGGGCGGCGACUCGAAGACCAAGAUCGUUCUAUCAGCAUGCAGCGACAACAACGUUGUUUCAUGCUACUGCUUUUACCCAGCUGAGAAGAAUGAUACCAAGGAAGAUGGAUGGAACAUCUCCACCACUGGCGAUGUCCUUGCUUCUACAUUCCCUGGGCUGGACCCGAAGCUCAUCAAGCUCUUCCUCAACGCCGAGGACAUCAAGAUGUGGCGUCUAUACAACCACGAUCCUUAUCCCUACUGGACCAAAGGCCGAUGCACACUGCUCGGGGACGCCGCGCAUCCUAUGAUGCCUGACCAAAGUCAGGGCGCUUGCAUGGCCAUUGAAGACGCAGGCGCAUUGGGUAUCCUAUUUUCAGAGAAGUACUCAGACUUGAGUGUUGAACAACGCCUCAAAUUGUAUGAAGCGGAGCGAAAGCCACGCGCCACGAGAUUGCAAGAAGCAAGCAAGCGCGCGAGAGAGAACCUGAAUGAAAGGAUUGGUUGGUCGAGCAAGAACACGAAACCGGGGAUGUUGACGAUUGAUGAGGUCUGUGCUUAUGAUAUGCAUGCUCAUAUCUCUGGGUUGGUCAACGAUGCAGAGGUCUCGUCGUAGAGGAGAGUUGAAGCUUGCGUAUAGCC